AUCAUAUUUACAAAUCAAUUACAAGUUCAAAAAUGUUUAAGAUAGAUACCUUAAAAACUAAAGAAAUUAUAGUACACAAAUAAUGUUUUUCAAGUAAAAAAUACAAUAUCACUAUAAGUAUAUUUGUUGAAGUAUGUAUAAUCUAUGAAUGUGUAUUACUUAUCUCUAAGAAAAAAAAAAACACUAGAAACAGUAAUAGCACUGCAAAACAUAAUUUGAUCAUUGUGCAUAUGAAAUAUCUAUUGCUUUACAUUGAAUGUAGUGAACUUUCAUUUAUAAAUUUUGCAGGUGAUCACAACGGACUCUUAUUAGGAGGCUCUGGCUACCCUUGCCGUAGCUUUUUGAUGACACCCUUCCUUAAUCCACAAGGCGAUGCCCGAUGCAGGUUUAAUGAGUCACUCUGCCACACCAGAGUGCUCAUUGAACAAACAUUUGGCAUACUGAAGCGAAGAUUUCAGAUUCUACAUUAUGAAAUGGAUGUACAGCCAAACCAAGCAGUAGUAAACACGGUUGCAAGUGCUGUCCUUCAUAACAUUGGCAUUAUAAGAGGGGACAUUAUUAACAACGAAAGCAGCACAGACCCGGACAAUGAUAAUGACACUGCACCUCAGCAUAAUGGUAUCCAAGAUGGGUCAACAAUGAGAGAACAUAUUGUGCAAAAUUAUUUUUCAUAA